AUGUCCAGCAUCCUGAAUCGCAUCGGAGGAAAGAAACAGAAAAUGAGCACGCUGGAGAAGUCGAAGAUGGACUGGGACGCCUUUAAGUCGGAGGAGGGAAUCACGGAGGAGCUGGCCAUCCACAACAGAGGCAGAGAGGGCCUCCGAUCCGGGAGAGAGAACCGGGGACCGGACACCCGCGGGCCCCCGGUGGCCGGACACAGAGCACCGGACCCCGGCAGAACUACCCCCCCCCUCCCGGCCUUCUCCCUUUGGCUCCACCGUGGCGUGGAAACCUGGCAUGGCGCGGAUGAAGGCAGCCUGACGGAGGAAAAGAAGAGAGGGAGGAAAGAGGAAAGAAGAGAGAGAGAGGGCAGAGACGGAAACAGUAGCAAAGAUGCUGCCUUCAUCCGCGCCAUGCCAGGUUUCCACGCCACGGUGGAGCCAAAGGGAGAGGGCCGGGAGGGGGGGGGUAGCUCUGCCGGGGUCCGGUGCUCUAAGUCCGGCCACCGGGGGGCCCGCGGGUGUCCGGUCCCCGGUUCUCUCUCCCGGAUCGGAGGCUGA